AUGUCUACACACUCACACAAUAUAGAGAAUUUAGUUCGUUUUUCCGUCUCUCACCUCCCUCGUUCCUCGCUCUCUCACUCGUAUUCCGGAGGCGCCGUUGCCUCAUUCGUCCCGUUCCCACGCUUAGCGCCCGCAUUCGCCAUCCGUCUUCGAGUCGCGCGCGCCCACUGGUUAGAGCCGCACAACCACGGAACUGUCCUCGCACCUCAGAGCCACUCAUUGCGGUGUUUUGGGUGUGUGUUUGUCAUUCAUUAUUCGCACGAUCACCCCACCGUAGGCACAUCACCGUCUGCAACUCGGCCUCGUCGGUCGUGCCCUUCAACUCUACUUGUGGACUAUCUCAAUUCCAGUGGCAAAUGGGGUGUAGAUGGCAUAGUCCCUUUGCCUGUUAUCAAGUCUGAACAACGGCUGCGCAGAGCAAGGAACAGCGUAAAGCGAUCGAAGGACAACAAUGACGUCCUGGAGUUCAUUGGCGACAGGGUCAACAACCUGGCGUGUACGCUGAUGGUGGAGAAGGUGAAAUUGAGCUCGGAACAUCAUAAGGCCGUUGGUCGCGUGCUUUGCAACAACGACACCCUCGGGAGGAUCGCCUACCAGCUUGGCAUGCACGAGGAGGCGAUAUUCGGUCAUCACGACGAGAAAGAGGUGAAGGCGUGGCUACCAACCACCAAGGUGUCCCCACCGAAAGCACUUGCAGAUCUCUUUGAAGCCUACGUUGGAGCAGUCUACGAGGAACAAGGUUGGGAAAUUGUCAUAAAGUGGUUGACAGCAUUCUACAAACCUCUCAUUGACUUGGCGACGGAGGAUUUCCUCAGCCGCCCUGAUCCCACGCGCCCCAUACCCGAUAGGCCCAGUGAGGAACUGCCUGAGGAGAUCGUCAUGUAUCAAGGCAAACUUUUGGAUUACCUCGAGUUCAAGAGAGCUAGUCUUGUUGAGAGUGGCCAGCAGGCUAUCAACGCCCUCCCGUCUAGCAUACAAUUCUUCUUCGGCGCCGACGGAAACCUGAUGAACGAUGCGGACAGAGCUGAAGUCGCUAAUAAUCUCAUAAAUUUUUGGAUUUGUAAAUCUUUCAUGCGCGUGUACCCUCAGCUACUACAGGCGAGCUAUAAGGGUGCACAUCUGGUCACGUGGAUAACCCGUCUGGUUACAAGUGACGAAACUAUUGGCUAUCUUGGCUAUCUUCUGUCGCUUUCUGGUUUCUUCGACCCAGAAGACCCAGACUAUCAAUCCACUCGUCGCUUCACAAUCACUCAAGACAUGGCAUAUCGGAAGAAACUUUCUUCUUCCAUGAAGGCCAUUGUAGGGUGGUACUACCUCAACGACAGCGCCAGCGCAAAGAAGUGGGGUGAGAAGUGGUUCAAAUUCAUAGUCCUGCGUGCACACGACAUUAUCGCUGAAGAUCCAAGCUAUAAACUAUCGCUUCCAGAAAGCGCGCUUGACACUUACUCCAUCCAUGCGGCCGCUGUUGCCGCUUCGGAACGGAAAUUGCACUACACGCCAAUAUCCGUCACGGACCUUACUCGUGAUCUGGAGAAUAUCUCGCUUUCCCACAACCGGUGCGAAGAACCUACAGACGAGAGUGAAGAACCCGAGAACAUCAUCCUUGUCGCUAGGGUCGAAGACAAGAGCUUGAACAAAUUCCGACCGCUUCCCAAAGUCUCUCGCAAGCCUAAACGUUCAGAAGCGAGCGAGUUCAACUCGCGGAAGGCUGACACUACAACAGCCUCAGCUUUGAUCAUCAAGAAAGUGUCUGCACAGGAAUCGACAAAGGAUUCAUUGUUGCAUGUCAAUGUCGAGAAAAAGCUACAGGUGCCGACAAUGUCUACGGAGCAAAGUCUCAUCUCGGCGUUCAAAGACAUCAAGAUCGGCGGGGUGACAGAUGACAUAAAAGCGCCACCGAAAAAGGCAAAUGCGCCACCGAAACUGGUCAUCAGCCCAGAGACUGUUUCUCGCCUGGGUCAGGGCCAGUAG